CCAUCACAAUAUAAGAUACACAAAACCCUAAACCCACUCCGAUCCGCCGCCGGCGAUGUACUUCCUGGCGCUGCUCACCCUCGUCCUCCUCUGCGCCGCCAACACCCUCGGCUUCUCCUUCGUGGUGGCCAGGAUCCUCCGCACCGACCGCUCCAAGCUGACCGUCCGCAGGUCGACCAAGUACAUCCUCGUCUUCGCCUGCGUCGUCGAGGCCGCCGUCCUGCUCGCCUCCCUCCGCCUCGCCGCCGACCGCCACGCCCUCCUCCGCUACGUCGACCACAUGCGCUCCCAGAUCGCAACCCUCAAGGAUGAGUUGAAGCAGUACGAGCAACCGUUCACUGCGUUGAGAGACUAUAUUGGCCUCGGCGUUGUAGACCUGGGAAACGCCAUUCGAAGCCUACGUGAUAAGGAGGAACAUCUAAUGAAGGAAUAUCAAGCCCUGAAGCUCGACAUUGAGCAAAUGAAAUCUGAAAUACGGUCUCUUCAACAUGAGAAGGAAGGGAGAGGCGAUCUUAAGGAAUCUGUAGGUGGUACCUCAAACCAGCAAAAUCAGAGGAAGAACCACAAAAUAAAGCAACCAGUGAUAAAUGAUAUUAUCGAGUCAUUACGAGCCAAAGCAACAAAGUUGCAGCAGGUCAAGAUAAGCUUACCUUGGGAGAAGUUGAAGAAAGCCAAGAAUAUAUUCAGCAUGGAUUUCAAACUAAGGCCGUAGACUUUAUAUGGAGUUUCUGGAAACAAAUUUAAUUUAGUCCUCCAGCAAGACAUGCAAGCAUGUACUCAUGAUGAUUCACAUUUUUAUGGGUCUCAGUGUACAUUAGUCAAGAGUUUGUUUAUGUACGAACCGUAUUUCUGGAGCGACAUUGAUUCUUUAUAAUUUUAUUAUACCUCAUGAACCUGCUAUCGAUAAUUCUAUAUACUUAUUCUGGAAAGGGCAAAUUGAAAUCUUGGAAA